AUGAGAGCGAUGUGCUGCGUUGCGUGGCAGUACGAUAGGUCCCUGAUCCACCAAGACGAGUCGAAGAAGGAAGAUGGAGAGCUAGCAUCUCUCAACAUGGCGCCCAUCGCCAAGACCGUCUGUGUAGCCCUCGCGGCCAUCGCCCUCGCCUCUGUUGGCGUUCAGCCCGCCGGCGCUCACCAGCUCAACUCUCGACACAAUGCUGCUGGCAGCAACGUGUACCACAACCUGCACUCUCACUCUCGUCGCAUGCAACGCAAGGUCCGACGUGGUGACUCCUUCUCUGUCUCCGGCGCCGGUAGCUUGUCUGCCUCGGCUGGUAGUGGAGAUGCCUCGUCGUCCGCCUCCAUGUCUGGCUCUGGCUCCAUCAGUGGAUCCACCUCGAACAACGGCAGCGCCUCCCAGGCCGAGUCGUCUGCCCAGUCCAGCAGCGACUCGAGCAGCCAGUCCUCCGCUCAAUCCAGCGCCCAGUCCAGCGCUCAGUCAUCCGCUCAGUCUAGCAGCCACAGCGACACCAGCUCUGACUCGGACUCCAAGUCUGGCUCGCAGUCCAGCGCUCAGUCUAGCGCCCAGUCCAGCGCUCAGUCCAGCGCCCAGUCUAGCUCCAGUUCCAGCGCACACUCAGACUCGCAAUCCAGCUCCGACGCCAGCUCGGACUCGGGCUCGCAGAGCGAUGGCAGCGCCAAGGACUCGUCAUCGCAGAACGGAGGUUCCGACAAGAACGCGGGCGCCAGCUCGUCCUCGUCCACUCCUACUUCGACUGCCUCGGCUUCCGGCUCGACCUCUUCGGCUGCCUCCAGCACCCCUUGCACCGACAGCAAGGCUGGCGCACAGGCAACUGCCAGCGCUUCCACGGGCAGCCACUCGGGCGCUCACUCUUCCACCGCCUCGACUGCCUCUGCUUCGUCUUCUGGCACACACUCCGGAACCCACUCUGCCACUCAGUCCGGCACCGCUUCGACGUCGUCUGCUACGCUAGGCUCGUCUGCUGGUGCUGGCCGCGCCUCUGCCACCAGCUCGAAUUCGGCCGCCUCCCCCACCUCGACAGCUUCGAGCACUGACGCUUCGACCGCGUCGGUUGCGACUGCUGAUGGCAGCUCUGACGCCGAUGCCAAUGCCGGCGAUGAUGAGGACUGCGAUGAUGCCGACGGCGACGACGGUCAGGAGGAGGCGUCAGCUACCUCGACGUCGGGCUCUGACUCGAACGCUGGCUCUGGCUCCAACUCGGCUGCUGGCUCGUCCUCUAACUCCAACGCUGGCUCCGGGUCCAACUCUGCGGCUGUCUCUUCUUCCAACUCUUCGGGCUCCAGCGGUGGCUCCAAGUCGGGCUCGUCCUCGGGUGCGGCUGCUUCCAGCAACAACUCGGGCAGCACCUCUAACGCUGGUGCUGUGAGCGCUUCGUCCUCCUCGGCCAACUCGGGUUCUUCGUCUUCCGGCAUCUCGUCUGGCAGCUCGUCCAACGACGACGAGGACUGCGACGAAGACGAGACUGAUGGUGCCGACGACGACGAAGAUUGUGAUGACGAUGGCGACGACACUGCAGGUGCGACCGAUGAUGACGACUGCGACGAGGAUUCCGACAGCGGUUCUUCGUCCGGUGCCUCGGCUGCCAGCAACCAGCAGCAGCAGGCAGCGGCCGCUCCCGCAGCUUCGAGCUCGGCCACUCCUUCACCAACUGCUCACGCAUCUUCGUCCGCCGCCGCCUCGUCCUCUGCCUCGUCCUCCGCCUCGCGCUCUGCCUCAUCCUCUGCUUCGUCUGCUGCUUCCUCCAGCGCGGCAAAGGCAGCCGCUUCCGCUAGCGCUUCCUCCUCUGCAUCGUCGUCGUCUUCGUCUUCGUCGUCGGCCAGCAGCCUUGCCAAUGCUAUCACCGGUGGCUUCGCGACCUUCUUCUACCAGGGGGGCAACGCCGGUGCAUGCGGGACAGUCCACGCGGACUCGUCCAAGGUGGCAGCGCUGCAGACCUCGAUGUAUGCCAACGGUGCCAACUGUGGCAAGCAGAUCAAGAUCUACCGCGCCGACAACCCGAGCCAGAGCGUGCUUGUUACCGUCGCCGACGAGUGUCCGACUUGCGAGAACAAGGAGUCGAUCGACCUCUCUGUCGGCGCCUUUACGGCGAUUGCCACCGAGGCCGAGGAAACGGGCCUGUCCGGAUCGGAUCUGGUUUCGGAAAUGGAACUCUGUCUCUCUCCUUUAUUUGCUGUGAUGCGACUGUGUGGCUGUCUUGUCAUUGACAAAUGA